AUGGAUCUUUCUAGUAUAGAAAAUUGUGAAAAAAUUCAUGAAACCAUUAAAAAAAUUACUAAUUCCUGUGAUGAUAAAAUGUGCCACCAAUCCAUGUCAUAUUUAAAUGAUAUACAUAUUAAAGACAAACAUAACGUAACUUGGGAAUCUGCUUGUAAAUAUAUGUAUUAUUGGAUAUAUAAUUACCUCCUUAAUAAUCAAUAUACUGAAAAUAUAACAAAAAUAUAUAAUGGAUUUAUAAACACAUAUAAAAGUAUAUUUCAAGUAGAUAUAUAUGUAAAUUAUGAAGAAACAUCUAUUACUGAAGAAGAAUUAAAUAAACUUACAGCCAUAUAUAAUAUAUAUACAUAUCUAAAUAAAGUACAAGGCAAUGAUGGAUCAUACACAGAUAACAAAUUCUUCGAUACAUUGCAAAAUAUUAUAAAUGAACAUAAUCCAGACACAAUUAAUCAAUUUACUGAAGAACUUAGACCACAUGAAUCAUCCCCUUGUAAAAUGAAUAACUUAUUUACCCCAUAUAUUUCAUGGUUGCACCGUAAAAUAAUAAAAAAAGGAAACCAAUAUAAUAAUAUAGGUGAAGAAAAGAAUAUAUUUCAUCCUUUUGAAAUAUCAUGGGAUAACUCAAGAAUUAGUAAGUAUAAUAUAUUAUAUCCAAACUAA